GACGGUACAUUGGUUGGAGCACCGAGUUCCUUACAGCUCAGCAUCACGGGAAGACUUUACUGCAGUAAAGAUGGCGGUAUCUCUGGCGCGCAUUUCAAACAGAUGAACAGCUUUGAAUCGUUAAGCGGUCGUUGCCGGCCUUACGACGAUUUUACCAUGCCAAGGAACACCUGUGUUCCUGCUACAGCCAAGCGGAGAAGCAGCUUUAGCAAAGGACUCAAAGGGAAACUUUUUGGUGGCAGCAAAGUGAAAAGAGCCCGCUCGUUUUCCGGUAGAGAGAAACAGAAAUGGACGCCAGCGAAAGACGCGAAAGAAGACACAGCCACCACUGUCAGUGAUUCAGAAGCCAAGACCCAUGCACGACGCCCAAGGAGGCGGACCACUGGAGGGUCAGAAACUGGACAGGAGAUUGAAAAAGCAAAGAGAUUACAUGCACAGGGAAAUGGGAAUUCCAGUGAACCAGACAAUCAGGCUGCCCAGACACUUUCACGUCAGCAGAUUAUUGCCAUGGUAAAGAAGCGGUUUGGUUUAAAACCAGGAGAGCAAAAUGGUAACAAACCAAAUGGAAUACAGGAUGUGCCACCGGCCAUACCUCCACUUCCUACUUCAUCUCCUAAACAGAAAAGAUACGAACUACUUUUGGAUAAACCAGGAUCAUAUCCAACAAUGCCAAGAAGAGAAGAAAACCAUGUGCCUCACACAAAUUCAACCCCAGGGGUUGUGUACCUUCAGUAUGGUGAUGAAAUCAAACGCGCCAUGUUGCCAGCAGGUUUGGAUGAUCUUCAACAGGUGCAGUCAAUGUUCAACCAAACAUUCCCUGAUAAGAUCAAGAACAAUGCAGACAACAGAAAAACCAUCUACAUUAAAGACAACUCUUGUGGAGUUUUCUAUGAGCUCGACAAUGUUGGUGAUUUGUCAAACAAGUCGCAUCUGAAGGUUCUAGAGUCCAGGCCAUUCCAGAAUGGUCCUGUCUCACACCCUGUCAGCAGCUCCACAGCUGUACACACUGGAGCCCAGGUGACAAGCACGCCCUUACCUAAUCACAGUCAUGUUGCUCCAGCUGAUGCAAUUCACAGUGGCCAGGGUGUCAAAUAUACAAAGACAACUACUGUAACAAGACAAGCAAGUGGAGGGCCUAGCGUAACAACAGUUACCAGAGUUGUGGGUAGCACUAAUGAGAAAGCAGAGAGUACAGUUUCACAUUCAGUGACUAGUGGAACUCUGAUGGAACAGAAGAAAGUUCCUCUGCCUGGUCUUGGUGCCAGUCACAAUCUGAAACCCAGAAGACCUUCUCGUGAUCCAGUUGAGGAUCAAAUUGACCAUCUCACCAACAUGCUGCAAGAUGCCCUGAAAACAGGAAGCCACGACAGUUUACCAACGAAAAAUUCAGAGGGAAGUGCAUCAAGCUCACAGAGCAGUUUUAUUGACCAUGGUUCCUUAGAAGGUAAUGAACCAAGGCAUUUGCAGCCCUUUAGAUCACGUGUGAGGAGUGAUUCCGGAAAUGAGUCCCUGUUGUCUGAUGUUAGUCCAUCCACACCUGUAGAAGGAAAACCUAAACAGGUACCAGCACCUCCCCCAAGAGCCUCAAGUUCCAGAGAAUCAUCUUUAAAAUACAGUCAAACAUUGCAAAGAGAUUUCACCCCAAGAGGAACCAAAAGAGACAUUAGUGUUCAAUACCAGACACAGACUCUCCCUCUGCCUUCCACGAAACCAAAACAGAGAUUGCUAGACAGUCCUACACCUCUUUCAUCAAGCAGUUCAACCUCAUCUGGCAGCCAUGCUUCAGUCAAAUAUGAAGGUCGUGUCAAGGACCAUAAAGCUCUCGAAGUGAGAGCAUCAACUCUCCGGGGUGACCUGAGGAUGCUUAGAGCUGAACUCACUCAACUGAAACAGUUCCAAACUUUCCAAGCGCAACAGUUUGAUGAAAUGAUUCAAAGGGCCAAGGAGCAGAUUGUGCAACGUGUUGCUCAGACAAACAGUGGGGAUGACAGUGGUCUGAAAUCCAGAAGACAGAAAGUCCAUGUGGAAGAGAUGACUUAUAUUCGAGGAAAAAAUGAUAUAAACAGGCACAUAAGUGAGCUUGAGAGUGAAGUGGAGAUGCUUCGUCUAGAUGUUGUGCAAAAGAGGUGCAUUGCAAAUCCUUCUGAAGUUGACAGUCUCAACAGUCAGUUGGGGAUUAUAAGCCGUCAAGUUUCAGACCUAAAGAGUCAAUUUGCAGAACUUCAUGACAACAUGAAAUCAGUCAUGGCCUCAGAGUUAGAGGUUAUUGUUCAGGGAGAUAAAUUUUUGAAGGAAGAACCUUCUAAACUGGAGAACCUUGUCAGUCGAUGUAAACACAUUACUGGAACAUUAUUUACAUUACAAAAGUUGGUGACUGCACAGCAACAAAUUAAAAGUGAAAGUGAAGCUUCAUUCAGCUCUCUAGAGGAAGUUGAUAGGGAAGUGAUUGAUAGUAUACGUUCAGUCCAAAGGGAAUACAUAGACAAAAGAGGUGUAGAGCAUAAUUUUACAGAGGGUCCAAAGUCUCCCGCAAGGGCACGUCAGAGAGUGCGCUUUUAUGAUGAAGUGACCCAACUACCAUGAAUCACAGAAAAUUGCUCACAUGGGAAUCGCUGUGGAAAAAUGCCUCCUGUAGAUGAUCUUGGUGCAACCAAGUGGAGAGAUGCAAGAAUGGCAGCUAAUUCAUUGCGCUUUGGAUAAGAUAGAUCACUUGGAGAGUUUUCGAGCAAUGGAAGUUUGCUCUUCUUGGGGCAUGAUACUGUUGGCAAUGACAUUCCAAGACAAAUUAGAAAACAGAAUGUUUUCUAUUCUCCUGGUGUCAAAUAUCAAGGAAAUUUUAGUAGUAUAUUUUAUAGCUUUCUCUUUUCAACACAGUAGUAAGUUAAAGCAAGUUAGUGCGUCUUUCUGAGGGGAAAACCAUUUUCGAUCACAUUUUUUAAAAAUCUUACCUUAAAAUCCAUGAAGUGUCAAAUAUGAGUAAAAAUUACUCUUGCUGAUUCCCAAAUAAGGAGUCAAAUUUUUUCAGCAUUUUUGUCAAGGAUAACUUAGUCUUAUUAAUUUAUUCUACAAAAAAUCCAAUUGCAGGUGUGAUUCCUAAUCAAGCAUUUGGCUACUCAUUUUUCUGUUUUAUUAUAAACAAAAACAACAACAUAGCUUUUAUAGGCUGCUAUAGAAAUUAUUUUAUUAUUAAAAAUGUUGCACCUUGAUCGUGACAAAAAAAUAAAUAUUUCGUACAAUUUUUCUUACAUCUGUUACAGAUCUUUGAAUGUAAAUAUCGCUGUUGAGAAAAACCUUAUUUCCAUUCAGUUUUCUUGAAUAAAAAAUUAGACAUCAAGUAACUUCUACUCUUGAUAUGAGACUGGUAAUUCUUACUGCCAUUUGUACUCUUGUGUGCUAAUUGGGAGAGGUUGUUAAUAUAUCAAGGACAUAUUGGUUUUUCAAUUCUUGCUGCAUUUGAGUCAUGUGUACCAUAAUGCACUGUUAUUUUGAGGUGUUUAUUGUUCACCUCUGGUAGUAAGAAUUACUGGUAGUAUUAUACUAUAUGUUUACCCACCAUAUUUUCUGCUUAUCUUGGUGUGGGCAUAUUGUUUGAAACUCCUGCAAUUCAUUGCUUUUAGAGGCAUCAUUAGUGUAAACUACUGGAUGUUUUUGGAAAUUGCUUUGAAGCUUUCACACUUACCUUUGGAGUAAAUUAGAGAGUAUUUAAAUAUUUUAAAGCUCAGGUGUUAUGGCUGAACUUUUUCAGUGGCUCAACCCUCCAACUCCCAGAAGUGAUUCACAUGAAACUUCUCCUUACAAUGUCCAUUCACUAUCCAGCAAACAGGUAAUGAGAAUACUCAAAUGUAUCAGGUAGAAGUUGUUACCUUCAUCAAACAACAAAUUCUUGUAACUAAUUUAAUGGAAAUGUGUAGCAGCUAGCUAGAGGGGUGAAUUAACAAUCAGAUCUUGGAAGUUAAAGGCUUAAGAGCUAUUUAACUACUAAUUGACUGAUUGUAGCAGAUUUCUGUCAAAGCCUCCUGUUUGGGGGGAGGGGGAGGGGUAAAUACACAUGAGGAAGGGAGGGACAAUACAUGUUUGCCUAUCUUUGGCGAAUUGUAAAGUUCAAUGUAAUUUUUAAGAAAUAAUAAAUGUACAAAACAUUGCAAACAAA